GAACGGGCCAUCCCCAACCUGUUCCUAACUGUUGGGAGCAUGAAAUUGUCCAAAAUUUCUUGUUAUGCUGACACCGUAAGAGUUCCCUUUGCUGGAGCUAAGCGACUUUGCAUACAGUUGGCAACUUUUGUGCACUGUGCUCUUCAGCAUGCGCUGACCCCUCUCUGUCAUUUUACGUGGCCUACCACUUACUUAUUGGCUGAGUUGCUGUUGUUCCCAGUUGCUUCCACAUUGUUAUAAUACCACUAACAGUUGAGUGUGGAAUAUUUAUUAGGAAGGAAAUUUCACGGAUGGACUUAUUACACAGGUGGCAACCUAUCACAGUAUCACACUUGAAUUCACUGAGCUCCUGAGAGCGACCCAUUCUUUCACAAAUGUUUGUAGAAGCAGUGUGCAU